UUUUGACAAAAAAGCAAAUCAAAUUUUGAUUCUCUCACUUAAACAGAGAAAACUAACCGAAAUAAUGGGAACGGAGAAUUGGAGUUUGACGGCGAAGCUAUGUGACUCAUGCAAAACGACGCCGGCGACGGUGUUCUGCCGGGCAGAUUCAGCGUUUCUCUGCUUAGGAUGCGACUGCAAAAUCCACGCAGCGAACAAGCUAGCGUCAAGGCACGCGCGUGUCUGGGUUUGUGAAGUGUGUGAGCAAGCUCCGGCGAUUGUCACGUGUAAGGCGGACGCUGCUGCUCUCUGCGUUACGUGUGACCGUGAUAUUCAUUCUGCAAAUCCGUUAGCUCGUCGGCAUGAGCGGUUUCCGGUAGUUCCGUUCUAUGACUCCGCCGUCGCGAAAUCUGACGGCGGUGGUGAUGCCGAUGCUGAUGCUGCUGCUGAUGAGAAGUACUUUGAUAGUACUAGUGAAAAUCCUUCUCAACCGGAGGAAGAAGCUGAAGCAGCGUCGUGGAUACUUCCGACACCGAAAGAAGGAACUGAUCAGUAUAAAUCUGCUGAUUACUUGUUUAAUGAUAUGGAUUCGUAUUUAGAUAUAGAUCUAAUGUCAUGUGAGCAAAAACCGCAUAUUAUUCAUCAUCAACAGCAUCAACACGGCCAUUACAGCUCCGACGGAGUUGUGCCGGUACAGAACAACAACAACGAAACGAGUAGUCAUUUACCAGGUCCAGUCGUUGAUGGAUUUCCUACCUACGAAAUCGAUUUUACUGGAUCUAAACCUUACAUGUACAAUUUCACCUCUCAAUCCAUUAGCCAAAGUGUUUCAUCAUCAUCUCUUGACGUCGGAGUUGUACCGGACCACAGUGCGAUGACGGAUGUAUCAAACACCUUUGUGAUGAACUCAUCUACCGGUGCCGGCACCGGCACCGAGGCUGUACCGAAUGCAGUUUCCGGUUUAGACAGAGAAGCAAGGGUAAUGAGGUACAGAGAGAAAAGGAAGAAUAGAAAGUUCGAGAAGACGAUUCGAUAUGCUUCUAGAAAAGCUUAUGCUGAGACUCGACCCAGAAUCAAAGGGAGAUUCGCUAAACGUACUGAAAUUGAAAUCGAUUCACUCAUCGCCACCGAUGCUUCAUACGGCGUCGUUCCGUCGUUUUAAUUUUUAUAUGUAAUUAUCAUUUGUAGUUUUAAAAAAAACAUCGAAGAAAAAAUCGAAUUUUCUAUUUUUUUUUCUUUUUUUCUUCUUCACGUUGUUGUUGUUAGUGAGGAGGAUCGUAACUAUGUGUAUAUAUCUAAUUUUGUUUCCUAUUUUUGUAUCAAAACGCUAUUAAAAAGAUUAGAAAUUUGUAAUGGAUAAAUUUUGUAGUGAAAUAUUAAAAUUGUAUUUUAUUUAGUUUAA